AAACGAGUGAGCUGUGUGAGUCGUCAUUGCAAACCCAUGGUUAAAGGUUCUAUAUAUAUGCGCACUUUCAGUGACGCAUCAAACAAGUGAGCACUCUAACACCAAACCCUUCUCCUUCCACUGUUCACUCUCUAAAUCAAUGAAAACCUCUCCUCCCACCUCUUCCAAUUCUCCUUCUCUGCCAUUAAGAAAGCCCAGGCGCCCCAAGAAAGACCUGAGCCUGGAGAAUGGCAAUGGUAAUGCAAAUGCCAAUGGGAAGAGAAGCUCUUCUUUCAGAGGUGUCACCAGGCAUAGAUGGACUGGGAGAUAUGAAGCUCACCUGUGGGACAGGCAUUGCUGGAACCCGAUUCAGAAGAAGAAAGGAAGACAAGUUUAUUUAGGGGCAUAUGAUGCUGAGGCAGCAGCAGCUCACACAUACGAUCUUGCCGCCCUCAAGUACUGGGGUUCGGAAACUGCUCUGAAUUUUCCAUUCGAUACAUAUUCAAAGGAGUACAAGGAGAUGCAGAGCAUGUCAAAGGAAGAGUACUUGGCUUCUCUCAGGCGCAGGAGCAAUGGUUUCUCGAGAGGUGUUUCCAAGUACCGUGGAGUGGCCAGGCAUCACCAUAAUGGACGAUGGGAGGCGAGGAUCGGAAGAGUUUUUGGCAAUAAAUACCUAUACUUGGGAACUUUCAGUACUGAGGAGGAGGCAGCCCAAGCUUAUGACCUUGCUGCAAUCAAGUACAGAGGUCCCAACGCAAUCACCAACUUCGACGUCAGUUGCUAUUUAAAAUGCCCAAAGUCAUAUCCUGCAAGUAGUGCUACUGCUCCUCCAGAGGAGCUCCAAGAAGCGAGAUGCGAAGCGCCUCAGGCCAUGCAGGUAUCGGAGUACUGCAUGGAUCAUGAUGUCGCAGCAGAGGACAUGAUCACUUGGAGCCCUUUAAUGGGCGAGUGCUUCGACGUCUGCUCUCUCCCUCAACUGAGCGAUCUGCAGAGCUUCUUCUCCGACGAAGGUGGGUUUGAGGACAAUGUGGAGGUCCUCUUCAAUGUCUCUUGAGUCAAAUGGGAUGGAGGAAGGAGAAAUGCUGCUAAAGUUUACAUCUUUGUGGACUCAAGAAUGGUGGCAAAGGCGACUACGCUCGCUCCUUUGCGGACUCAAGAAUGGUAGUAGGCGAGGUGGGUUGAGGGGGGGAACUGGAAGGGUGGUGAUACACCUGUUGAUUGCUUUUGGAAAAUUAAUGUAUGGUCUCAAGCAUGAGAUACGUGUUUUGAGCUUUUGUUUUCGUGAUGUAUUAGGAAGUUGGGUUCUCUUGUUUUGGGGACACGAAAGAAGACUUAAGGUAGUUUUUUUUUCUCAUGAAUGGA